UGGUGCUGGGCGUCUUGCGGUUGUAUAGCCGUUACUCCCAGUCGGCAGCGGCGCAGGCGGCGGCGGCACAUCGCACUCCGCACCCGGCGCCUUAGCAGCAGCAGCAGCGGCCGCCGCAGAAGCAGCAGAGGCACCCCGGCCAUCACAGCCCUGCGCUGGUGCAGCCGCCCUUGCUCCCUCUGCGCUUCCCCCCGUCGCUGGCACCAUGGCUGAUCAGCUGACCGAAGAACAGAUCGCUGAAUUCAAGGAAGCUUUCUCCCUAUUUGAUAAGGAUGGUGACGGCACCAUCACAACAAAGGAACUUGGAACCGUCAUGAGGUCACUGGGUCAGAACCCAACAGAAGCGGAAUUACAGGAUAUGAUCAAUGAAGUGGAUGCCGACGGCAAUGGCACCAUUGACUUCCCAGAAUUUUUGACUAUGAUGGCUAGAAAAAUGAAAGACACAGACAGUGAAGAAGAAAUCCGUGAAGCGUUCCGAGUCUUUGACAAGGAUGGCAAUGGUUACAUCAGUGCGGCAGAGCUGCGUCAUGUCAUGACAAACUUAGGAGAAAAACUAACAGAUGAAGAAGUAGAUGAAAUGAUCAGAGAAGCAGACAUCGACGGGGAUGGACAGGUCAACUAUGAAGAAUUCGUACAGAUGAUGACUGCAAAAUGAAGACCUACUUUCAACUCCUUU